UUGGUGUUAGUGUUAGGGGACUUGCACAUCCCGCACCGAUGCAGUGGCCUGCCAGUGAAGUUCAAGAAGCUGCUGGUUCCAGGAAAGAUCCAGCAUAUUCUGUGUACGGGAAACCUCUGCACUAAGGAGAGCUAUGACUAUCUCCGGACUCUGGCUGCAGAUAUUCAUGUUGUUAGGGGGGACUCCGAGAGUCUGAAUUAUCCCGAAGAGAAGGUUGUAACUGUUGGGCAGUUCAGAAUUGGUUUGAUUCAUGGCCAUCAAGUCAUUCCCUGGGGCGAUGUGGCCAGCCUGGCUUUGCUGCAGAGGCAGCUGGAUGUGGACAUUCUCAUCUCGGGACAUACGCACAAAUUUGAAGCCUUUGAACAUGAAAAUAAAUUUUACAUCAACCCUGGAUCAGCAACAGGAGCCUACAAUGCUUUGGAGAU